CUCCUUCACAUCAAUCAACCCAUUCCUCUAAAUUAUCCCAGCCGGAGUGGAAUCAGCACCAGGAACGGAGUAAGCAGCGAAGGAGGUUGUUUGCUAAGCUUCCUGCUUGACGGGGGAAUGGAGGUAGGCUAUAAGGCGUUGUUCGAGUGAGCGGGUAAGCAAGCAGGUACGCCCGAGUCACCAGGCCAGAAUCCCCUUGGUCGCCUCGUGGUAAAUUUGUUUGAAGUGAUUAACCCAGCAAACGGAUAUCGCUUUGCAACUUGGGAUUAUUACUCAUUACGCGAGAAAAAAUUCACUCAGCCUCUCACGCUCACUCACACCGUCUCUCGUCGCUCUCUAGCUGCCGUCCUCGCCUCGUCGUCUUUGAUCUCGACUAUACUCUCUGGCCCGCCCUUAUAUUGGGUCAGCUUGAAAUGGGUUGGAAAGCGGCUCAGAAACUCAUUAGGCACUGGAAGAUUCUCAGAGGAGAUAAUGUGAUGAUUACAAGAGGCAAAGACAAAGGCGAGAUGGGUGUUAUUAAGCGCGUAAUUCGCUCGCAGAAUCGGGUUAUUGUCGAGGGCAAGAAUUUGGUAAAGAAACAUAUCAAACAAGGGCAAGGUCAUGAGGGCGGGAUCUUUACAGUUGAAGCACCGUUGCAUGCGUCAAAUGUUCAAGUUCUUGACCCUGUAACAGGGAAGCCAUGUAAGGUUGGUGUUAGAUAUCUUGAAGAUGGCACUAAAGUAAGAGUAUCUAGAGGUUUGGGAACAUCUGAAUCUAUAAUACCUCGUCCUGAAAUCUUGAAGAUAAGGACUACACCAAGGCCUACAAUUGCUGGUCCAAAGGAUACUCCGAUGGAUCUCGUGUUGGAGAAGACGUAUGAUGCUAAAACAGGGAAGGGCGUGCCUGAGCUUUAAAGAGAGAACUAUUUUCUUGUUCAACUUUUAUGGUGAGAAAUUAAAACUCGAAGAUGUUGCAGAGUUUGAGAGUGCAUCUUAGUUCUCACUUGUAUGGUGAAUGAUUGGGAAAUUUCUCAUAUCGAACCCUGUUUCCUCUUUGUUGUUAUUCGGCUGAUGCAGUGUAGGAAAAAUGGCUGGAAUGUUAUUAAAUCACAUUCUCUUAGGUUUAAAUUUAUUAUGUGAAGGCACUCUCAACAAUAUGACUUGCUAUGCUCUCGCAUGGACCACCUGAUUUUUCUGCCA